AUGCCGCUGGAAGUAUUGGGCCCUCUCGCGGUCUUGGCCGCAGGAAUGAAAGCACUCCCUGGUGCAGUGCUGCUGAAGACUGGCGGAGCUGCGGCCGCUGCCAAGGGAUCCGGGGUUUUCGUUGCCAAAAGCAAAGGCGUCUUCGCGGCCACCCAUGGAUCAGGCGCCAGUUCUGGGGCUACGAGCAGCCACGAAGCUUUGGAAAAGGCGAAGAAUGAACUUCAGAAGGCAGCAAAUGACAUUGACGAGGCGGAGAGUACUGCUAUGAAAAGCAUAAUGCCCCUUGGCUUUCUAACGACAUUUGGUUUCGGCGGUAAUGAUGAUGCCGCAAUUUCUGCUCUUUGCCGUGCACGAGCUAAAGCUGACCACGGUGGUGACCGCCGUGUUCGUCUCUCCACCGUUCCAGACAGGUGCACGUACUAUGGGGAUUUUCUUUGA